AUGGUCGUCUACAGAAGCAGCACGACGGCCCCCGUCAACAUUGCCGUUGUCAAGUACUGGGGCAAGCGAGACCCCAAGCUCAACCUGCCCACCAACUCGUCGCUCUCGGUGACGCUCUCGCAGGACGACCUGCGCACCCUCACGACGGCCUCGGCCUCGGAAGCCUACACCGAGGACGUGCUGCUCCUCAAUGGCGCCCCCUCGGACCUGACCGGCGCCCGCACCCAGGCCUGCCUGCGCGAGCUGCGCACCCGCCGCGCCGCCCUCGAGGACAAGAACCCGUCCCUGCCCAAGCUCGCCCACCUCAAGCUCCUGCUCGUCUCCGAGAACAACUUCCCCACCGCCGCCGGCCUGGCCUCGUCCGCGGCUGGCUUCGCCGCCUUUGUCCGCGCCAUUGCCGACCUCUACGAGCUGCCCGCCUCGCCGACCGAGCUGUCGCUGAUUGCGCGCCAGGGCUCGGGCUCGGCCUGCCGCAGCUUGUUUGGCGGCUACGUCGCGUGGCGCGCCGGCGACAAGGCCGACGGCCUCGACAGCCAGGCCGUCGAGGUGGCGCCCGCGAGCCACUGGCCCCAGAUGCGGGCCCUCAUCCUCGUCGUCAGCGCCGCCAAAAAGGGCGUCAGCUCCACCAGCGGCAUGCAGCAGACCGUGGCCACCUCGGGCCUGUUCCAGCAGCGCAUCGCCACCGUGGUGCCCGCCAACAUGGACUUGAUGGAGCAGUCGAUUGCCGACCGCGACUUUGCCAAGUUUGCAGAGGUCACCAUGCGCGACUCCAACUCGUUCCACGCCACCUGCGCCGACACGUAUCCGCCCAUCUUCUACAUGAACGAUGUGUCCAGGGCCGCCAUCCGCGCCGUCGAGACCAUCAACCAGGCCGCCGGCAAGACCGUCGCUGCCUACACCUUUGACGCCGGCCCCAACGCCGUCAUUUACUACCUCGAGGAGAACAGCGAGGCCGUGCUGGGCACCUUUUACCCGCUCCUGCAGUCCGUCGACGGCUGGAAGCAGAGCACCAACUUCAAGUCUACCGUGCAGCUCGACGAGACCAUCAGCAGCACGCUGAAGGGUGGUGUGAGCCGAGUCAUCAUGACCGGUGUUGGUGAGGGUCCGCAAAAGACGGACGUCUACCUUGUGUCGGAGGAGGGAAAGCCUCUUUCUACUAGCUCAUAA